AUGAACUCCCUGACAGUACUCGCCAUCGCCCUUGUCUGUAUUGCCACAGUGGAAGCUCAGUGGGGAUACGGCGGUGGACCAUACGGUGGCGGCAUGGGAGGUCCCUACGGAGGCAUGGGCCCCUAUGGUGGAAUGGGCCCAUAUGGUGGAAUGGGCCCAUACGGCGGUUAUGGAGGAGGAAUGGGCCCAUAUGGCGGAGGAAUGGGCCCAUACGGUGGAAUGUAUGGACGACGACGAUUCGGCUAUGGAGGCUACGGUGGAUACGGAGGCAUGGGAGGCUACGGACGGAUGAACCCAGUGCAAGGAGCAUUGAUGGGUGCCAUGAUGGGUGCUAUGAUGGGAUAA